UGAACACCUGAACCCAGACUGGUUUAUGAGAAGGCUAGGAACUAAUUCACUCAUUCCCUUGCACAUUGAUGACAGUAGAAGUAACUCCUACUUGUCCAGGCAGUUUUUAAAGGAUAUGGCCUCUGCAUCUUCACAUGACCUUCUACGACCUUUAGUUCUUGGCAGCUUCAUAGUAAUGUGUGUCCUAGGCACAUUUUGGAUGUACUACACACCGACAGCCAACAGAUCCUACCCAUGCCCUGGUGUACUAAGGGAAGGGAACCAGACACAGCCAGCUCCCAACCAAACACCCAAGAUACAUGACCAGCAUGACAGAUUUCAGACGGAGGAUGGAGUCAAAGAAUCAGAUAUUAUUGUCUUGAUCUGGAUGUGGCCGUUUGGUUUUACAUUUGAUCUGAACUCUUGUGCUUCCUUCAACAUCAAAGGUUGUCUACUAACAGCAAACAGAAGUCUUUACAACAAGGCGAAUGUUGUGAUGUUCCAUCACAGGGACAUCGCCAGUGACCUGAGUGAUAUGCCAAAAGAGCCACGACCAUGGUUCCAAAAAUGGGUUUGGUACAAUAUGGAGUCACCAACAUACACACAAAGGAUCCCAGGUCUUGACCACUUGUUCAAUGUAACUGCAAGUUAUCGACUGAGUUCUGAUGUUUAUGUGCCUUAUGGGUCACUUGUUGAAGUGAGCAGUGAUGAUAAAAGCUUUGAACUGCCAAAGAAAGACAAAUUGGUCUGUUGGGUUGUAAGCCACUGGAAUCCAAACCACAAGAGAGUCCCGAUCUUCAACGAGCUAAAUAAACAUGUCAAGAUAGAUGCAUUUGGGCGACACUUUGGAAAAUACAUAGAGGACAAGGCACAGAUUGUGUCCAGCUGUAAAUUCUACCUGGCAUUUGAAAACUCUAUCCACCAAGACUACAUUACUGAGAAGCUGUAUGAAACCUUGCGAUCAGGAUCUGUGCCGGUUGUUCUCGGUCCACCCAGGCAAAACUAUGAAGCUGUUGUCCCAAAGGACUCUUUCAUUCAUGUGGAUGACUUUCCUUCACUGAAGGAACUGGCAGAUUGGCUUAUUUUGCUUGACAAGAAUGAAACCCAAUACUUAAAGUACUUUAGCUGGCGAAAAAAUUAUAAAGUACAUUUAAUGGACUUUGGAAAAGAACAUGCUUGUCGAGCGUGUGGCUAUCUUCAUCAGAAUAAAGGAUACAGAAUUGUUCAGAAUCUUAAUACAUGGUUUUGGGGCUAAUGGGUCUUCUUGCUGUAGUCCACAAUGCUGAAUAAUGCACAGUACAGUUGGGACUUAUAGCGCAAUGAGCACAAAUUAUAAUGGCCAAUAAAAGUCCCUGAGUUUGUUAGUGUCCAUGGGUAACAAAGCACAAUAUGCAAUUAAAUUAAACACGUUUUUUAAAGUUUGGGUCCCGGUUGUUAUUUAUUUUAUCCAUUCCUGUGUAUCACCAGUGUGCUAUAUAAAGUGGAUAUAAAAAGUCUACACACCCCUGUUAAAAUGCCAGGUUUUUGUGAUGUAAAAGAAUGAGACAAAGAU